AUGGCGGAACCCGAUGCCGUGGUGCCUGUGAUUGUGACCCCGAAAAAGAAAAAUUCCAAGAGGGCGGUCCCAGAGAUCCAAGGAUUGUGGGAGGCCUGGGAGGAGGACCCGGUUGUUCGGAAAGGUGCUCGCAAGCGAAAGAGCCUGUUGUUCUGGCCCAAUCCAUCAAAGACCGGCCUCAUUAACAAGGCAAGCCUCAAGUGCAAUUGGAGGGUGGUCUUAGCUGUGGUGCGACUCUAUUGCCCUCGAGUUCCCUCGGAUGCUCCGACUAAGACCGUUCCCGUUGCUGCAUUGAAGGACCAGGUGGCAAAGUUCUUCGACGACAUCAGCAUCACCCCUCGGAGGGGAUUGGUUCAUUGCGAGGCCCACAGCCUCAAGAUGUUUCUGAGCUACAUGAACCGACGAAACGAUGGCUCUCGCAAGAAGGAUGCCACUCUCGCUGCUUUGUACCAGGAGCUGGAGAAGCAUUGGGCGCCGAAGGUUCGCUCACGCCGGACCUUGGCUUCGGGUGAUGAAGAAGAUGAUGAUGAUGAGCAGGAGGAACAGGAAGAGCAGGAGGAAGAGGAAGGUGAGGACGAGACAACCUUAACGGAGCCGGAGGACGAUGAUGAUCGUUUCCAACUGGUUGACCCCUACUUAGCCGAAGCAAUGGGUUUGGAGGCCGGGUCACCUCCGCCGCCUUCGGCCUAUGUGGGCACGGUUGCAUAUGAGCCGAGCGAGGAAGCAGGAAUCCCGAUCCCCUACGAAGCCAAAUCCCUGACAAUGUGUUCGGCUGCUAAUGAUGUUGAUUUUGUGCGACAACUUGCUGAGAUCGAGCAGCGAAUUGCCCAUCGACGGGCAGCUUUGAGUGGCCAGCAGGCUGCCCAGAAGUGGGGUGGUUCGGAGCACAUUGACAGUCAGAAGACGAGCCUUUGGGAUCUUUUCGGUGAAGAUGCUAUGCCGCCCCCGGAGCCCGAUGCAAUACCCAACGAGCCAGACACCACGACUCUUGCAAGACAGGAUGGUGCUAGCGACCUGUCCCUCUUUGAGAAUGACUUGGCAGCAGGAGCUACGAAACAAUCGACAGUGGCUCCAAAUCCAGUUGCUACACCUGCCCGGGCUAAAAUUGCUUCGCAGGCCCCAGCAGUUGAGGCCCAAGCAGAGGCUUCGCAGGCUUUAACAAUGGAGGAUGUCGAGGACCCAGCAAUCACCCCAAAGCCGCUGCCCGAUGCACUGGAGGUUUCUUCUGUCAAAGACGGCGAAGCUGACAGUCCUGAGCUUCUAGCAUGCGAGGAUAAGAAGAUUUCAGUGGGAUUCCUAACGUAUGACGAGAUACCAGAAUAUCGGGAGAAGGCAAAGCAGUGCGAGGCCGAGGACGAAGACGACGAUGACGACGACGUGCCGAUCAAAAAAAAACCGGCCAUGGCCAAGGGCAAGCCUGGAAGGCCGAAGGGAUCCGGGAACAAGUCGACGAAGACCGACAAGGACACGGCGAAGAAGACGGGCAAGAAGAACCAGGAGAAGGAGAACGACGAAGCCAAGACGCUGCCGAAGAAGAAGGGCAAAAAGAAGGACCCCGAAUCGGAGGACGAGAACGACGAAGACAAGACGCCGCCGCCGCAGAAGAAGGGCAAGAAGAAGGACCCCGAGGACAAGGAGAACGACGAAGACAAGACGCCGCCGCAGAAGAAGGGCAAGAAGAAGGACCCCGAGCCGAAGAAGGAGAACGACGAAGACAAGACGCCGCCGAAGAAGAAUGGCAACAAGAAGAAGGACCCCGAGCCGGAGGACGAGAACGACGAAGACAAGACGCCGCCGAAGAAGAAGGGCAAGAAGAAGGACCCCGAGGACAAGGAGAACGACGAAGACACGGCCCCGCCCAAAAAGAAGGACAAGAAGAAGGACCGCGACGACAAGGAGAACGACGAAGACACGGCCCCGCCCAAGAAGAAGGACAAGAAGAAGGACCGCCAGGACAAGGAGAACGACGAAGACACGGCCCCGCCCAAGAAGGACAAGAAGAAGGACCGCCAGGACAAGGAGAACGACGAAGACAAGACGCCGCCGAAGAAGAAUGGCAACAAGAAGAAGGACCACGAGGACAAGGAGAACGACGAAGACACGGCUGCCACGAAGAAGAGCAAGAAGAAGAAAGUUGACGACGAAGACACGACUCCGCCGAAGAAGAAGAGCAAGAAGCCAGACGCCGAGGAGAAGGAGAACGACGAAGACACGGCUGCCACGCAGAAGAAGGGCACGUUUGCUUCGAGAAAUCCGGGAAAGGGUGCAAGAACAGUGGCCAUUUGGACGGCUAUCCGGGAUGCAUUCGAUUGUGUUCUUCGGGACAAAUUUCGCUACACCACGAAGAUGGAGGGCCUUUUCUGGGCCGAUUGCCGGCCCGUGCUGCUCGAAGUGAAGGACGAUACUGAGCUGUUCCAGGCGGCUAAGAAGUUUGCUGCCAAGUGGUUGAAGAUGGACAAAGUUCAGGGUACCGCGAUGCCGUUUUGUGCGGCUUUCCAGCAGCACGGCUUGGCCAGGAUGCAGGCCCUUGGCAUCGCGGGCAAGCAGGAGAAGCCUCUUCGUGCGACCUCCUGGCAUUCCUCCCAAACGGGAUCCCAACAGGACCUGAUGCCAGAGUCCCAGUCAGAGCUGGAAGUGCCUGCUACGCAAAAGGAAGCUGACACGCAGCUGCCUGCUUCGCCUGUCCCUGCCUUGUCAGAAAGCCUUGGUAAAGGGACACCCCAGAGCGAGAGGUCCGAGCCCACGCCGGGGGAGGGGACGAACUCCAACCCCGCACCCAGCCAACCCACGCCUGAAAAGAAGAAUACGAGUUCCGAGCCCGGAGCCAGCCAACCCGAAGCCGUAGAGCAAGCCGCCCUAGGAUCCCAAAGCAAGUCAGAAGCACCCGCCGUGGAGACCAGCCAGCCCGAGAAGCCAGACACGUCAGAAGCACCCGCCGUGGCCAAGACCAGCCAGCCCGAGAAGCCAGACACGUCGAAAGCACCCCCCGUGGCCAAGACCAGCCAGCCCGAGAAGCCAGACACGUCGAAAGCACCCCCCGUGGCCAAGACGAGCCAGCCGGAGAAGCCAGGCACGAACACCCGGCCCACAAACAAGGACACCAAAGAUCCGAAAGCAACCAAGAACGAACCAGAGGAGGAUGAGUACGUGGCCCCGGUGGAAGAUCACCCACCCCCUCCUCCCAUCAGCAAGGCCACUUUGAUGAAGAGGCUGGCACGCAUAUGUGCACCCAAAGCGGAUGGGACCUACAAAGUCCCGCUCGAGAUCAUCCAGACCCACAAGAAUCUGGAAUCCCGGGAUGAUGUGUACCGUGCCUUCGAGAAAUGUGGUGGCGACCCCGCUUCGCCGUCACGCUUGCAAACGGUGAUUUUCACGAAGAAAGUCAACCAGCGAUACGAAGAGAUCAAUGAGAAAUCUGUGGAAACGGAAUUCGAAUUCCUCACAGAGGCGGAGAUGGAAGAGAAAGGAUGGAGCGAGAAAUCCGAGUACUGUGACGAGUGGAUGUACUGGGUUGCUGUGCGAGUGAGAGGAUCCAACAAGAAGACGAAGCGGCACACCGUGACCGAGCUCCUGGAGGGUGCCGACCAGGAGCCCAUGCAGGAUCCUGAUGAAGCAAUGGAGAACUUCCCUUUCGAGCUUGAGGGAGACGGAGAUAAGAAGCAAGGGGAAGGUGAUGACGAGGAGGAGAGUGACUCCAGUGAUGAUGGGGAAGAGGCUGCCCGGAUCCUCAAAAGGAUCGCCUAUCCGGAGAUUCCCAAGAAACCGCAAGAUGCCAGUAUGCUGGUGACCGGCUGCCUCCAGAAGAGGGCGAACAAACUCCAGCUUCUCCUGGCGAAGAUGGAGUCGGAUGCAAGCAUCUCCCUCACCACGACCCAACUCAAGUUUCGAGACAGCCUCAAGAUGGUCAUCGACGCAGUGGGUGAUUUGGAGGACAGAAUUACGACUAUCUAUAGUCGUGGGAUUGCUGCUGGCUUCACGAAGGAGGACCAGAAGAGGCUUCGCAUGCUCUUCCAGGAAGCGAAGACGAAGGCCAUGGAGGCAGAGAUGAUUUCUGAGCGCUCCGACGAGGAGCCGGUCGAUUUCGGCCGAGCUUCCCAGUAUGCCGAGAUGCUAGGCGAGGGAGUCACUGCGAAAGACACCAAACGGUGCAUCAGUCAGAUGCUGCAUCCGGAGCAGCCGGAGGAAAAAAGACGGCAGGCACCGAACGAGGAGAGAGAUUGUCACAGGUUCUUUAACCACUGGGGUUUAUCUUUGCCUGUGCCAAUAAUGGAAAAGGCUUUCGUGCUGGAGGACAGAGAGAAAGUUGAUACUGCUUAUAUACGAGUGCAAGACUGGAUGCAGUACCUCUUGAAACGGAAUCCUUCAUUGCUCGCUGGGGGCAACGAGUCUUUGGAAAGCCAGCUGGAGGCCUUCUGGAUGGCUUACAGACAGACUCACAGCACCCAUCCGGUGUUCGAUCGAGGGCUGGACCUCGGGACCACGAUUCCGCUGGCUUUUUAUUCAGACGAAGGCAAGGGCCCGAAGCGAGGCAACUUCGUAGUGGCCUCCAUCGAGUCGCCGAUCGGCUUGUGGGAUGUGCCCGAUGACUUUACUUGCACUUGCAAAGAGGAUGUGGAGAAGUCGCCGCAGCAAUUUGUUCCGGGCCAGCAGGCAGCCGGCCCGUACACGCCGAUGGAGCACGCCGCCCUGAAGCAAAGCCAUACAAAUAAAGGCCACUCCUACCUCACCAGACAUGUGCUUUUUGGCCUCCCUGACUGGGUCUACAAACACCAUCCAGAAGUUUUGGAACAGAUGACACAGCAGGUUGCUGACGAGCUCACGAUGCUUUUUUCUUCAGGCCCGGAGGUUGGUGGGAAAAUUUACACGGCUUGCUUGGUUGGGAUCAAAGGCGAUAUGAAGCAAAUCGCUGAAAAGAUUGCUUAUCUGAACCGAUACUAUGCCCGUUUGGGUCCUGUGAACCACAAUGGUGUCUGUGCACAUUGCAUGGCGGGCACGAGUGCAGCGAUUCCUUUUGAUGAGCUUGCUCACGAGCCAUCCUGGGCUUCGACACUUUACCAGCAGCGACCUUGGGACUCGACACCUGGUAUGUGCAAUGUCCCUCAUGACAACGAUGCACCGGAAAGAGUCCUGAAAUAUGACAUGUUUCAUCUUUUCAAAGUUGGGCUUGGGCGAGACAUUUGUGGCUCCCUGGUUUUAUUGGCUCGCCUGGGCUAUUACGAUGAUCCCGAUGGCAGCGAUGAGACAAACAUCAAGGCGAGGCUCAAUCGAGCCUUUGCACACUUCAAACUGUGGCGGCUGGCCUCGCAUAAAACCGCAGCUUUGCGAUACUUUUCGAAGUCGUUAUUCAAUCUGAAACGGUUGAGCGACUUCGCAUGGACGAACUCCAAGGGUUCGGAUACCAUGCUCUUGUUGGAAUAUCUCAGCUUCUUUGUGGCGAUCCUGCUGAGAAGAUCCAACUUGCCAGCUGCACAUGCUGUUUUGUUUCGUGUGCUGAAGAAGACGAUCCAGGAGUCCCAGAAGGCCUUCAAUUUGAUGUACAAACAUGGUCUGUGGCUCCCCAGGGCAUGUGCCCAAAAUCUCUAUUUGAGGUUGAUGUCCAUGCUGUCGGGCUACAAGCAUCUGGGUGCAAAGGCUUUGGCGAUGGAUAUGCCGUUCUACUCCUUGAAGCCCAAAUUCCACGGCAUCCAUCAUGUGGCACAUGAGAUCCGAGUGGCACUGCUGGCCAAUGCAAAGCUCAUCCCGAACCCCAUCAUGUGGGGGUGUGAGCAAGGAGAGGACCUUAUCGGUCGAGUCUGUGCUCUGUCGGUCCGAGUUUCUGUGAGAACCAUAAGCAAGAGGGUGCUGCAACGACACUUCCUCAAAAAAGCGGCUCUCAUCAGGAGGCACCGAGCUGACCGAGCACAACGAAAGCUGCGGCUCUAA